GGUUCUUGAAUAUAGACAUUUCAUAAUAGUUUAAUUUUUCAAACAUGUCUGUAUUUCAAAUCAAUUGGCUUCAUUCUUCUUGGGCUUUAGCAAAAGGGGUGUACUCAGUUUUGCUGUAUCCCUACAGUGCACAUAUCUAGUUAACACACGCAGUUGCGGCUUAUGUAUGGUGCCCUGUAACUGUGACAGAGUGGGACCUCGUUCCUUUCUCCCCGUCUUUGCUGCAAAAUACACGAGUCAAAACAAGACCCGAUCGAUUAUUUUUAGACAACACCAAACAAACACGUGCUGUAAUAUAGGCUAUAAUAAUCCCAGCCUGCCAUCCUAAACGACCGAGGACAUCUUUUCAAGGCUGCAAGCCAUGUUAUUCAGAUUCGGCGUCAUUCUCACUCCGGAGUCCUCGGAUGUUGAGGUCUUCGUUUUGGGUUCACGUGUGGAAAUGGGCCACUGGGACCCGAGCAGAGCGGUCCAAAUGAAAACCUCACAGAAGCUUGUUUCACCUCAUGAACCGAAUCUGUGGAUCGGUGACGUGCAGCUGGCAGAGCCGUAUAAAGACCCUCUGUGGUUCAAGUUCGUCAAAAGAGUCAGAGGCACUUAUAUCUGGGAAGGUAGCGGUCCAAGCCAUGACAGGUGCUGUUCUUAUGAUAAGAGGAACAUGGUGGAUGGAGUGUACUGCCACCCAAUCGGUCACUGGAUAGAGGAAACAGGACACACAGAUGAGAUGAAACAUACCACCAACUUUUACUUCAGUGUGGCUGGUCAGAAGGCCAUGCAUUUUUCCAGGGUGCUCCCACGUGUUUGGCUGGGCAGCUGCCCUCGGCAGGUGGAACAUGUGACGAUCAAGAUGAAGCAUGAAUUGGGCAUUACUGCAGUGAUGAACUUCCAGACAGAGUGGGAUGUGGUGAACAACUCCUAUGGUUGCAGACGCAACCCUGGGGAAGCCAUGACCCCAGAGACCAUGAUGCAUUUGUACAAAGACUGUGGCCUGGUCUAUGUGUGGAUACCCACACCUGACAUGAGCACUGAGGGUCGAAUCAGGAUGCUUCCCCAGGCUGUAUUCUUGCUUCAUGGUCUCUUGGAGAAUGGUCACACUGUCUAUGUUCACUGUAAUGCUGGAGUGGGCAGGUCGACGGCUGCUGUGUGUGGCCUGCUCAUGUACAUCCUUGGCUGGAGCAUGAGGAAGGUGCAGUACUUUGUUGCAGCCAAGAGGCCAGUAGUGUACAUAGAUGAGGAAGCUUUAGUCCAGGCUCAGGCAGACUUCAUCCAGAAGUUUGGACGACUGCGAUCAUCCAUCUCUGACCCAGAGACAUAAAAGUUGAGUGCCUUUGUGUUGAGGUCUUCAAAUUUGAGGAAGAUAUUUACCGUUACUGAAAGCUCCACUGGGCUGGACUUAUUUUCUAUAUGCUAUAUAUAUAUAUAUAUAGCAAGAAAAAUUACUUCUUUCUAUUUCAAUCUAAUGGAUGUAAAUGACCCAAUUGAGCUGAGUGGCUUUUGAAAUCUGGUUGAUCCUGAAAUAGAGAGAGCGCUCUACUGGCUGCCAGCAUAGAUCUUGCAAGUAAUUAAUCCUACUGUGAUGUGUUGGCUUUUAACUUCAGGAAUUACUCUGUGACAUUUAGCACAUACAGUUGCGAAUUAUGCACUUGGAGUCAGCUGAGGACACUAUUAGUAGUUUUCAGUAAAUGUUGGCAGGGGAGUUUGGAAAGACAUUUUCUUUUAGCCUUGUUUGUAAUAAUCAUUGAACAGAAUUGACAUUUUGAGAAGGCAACUUUAAGCUGAUGUGUUGCCAGGACUGAGAGAACACACAACAAAACAAACCCAAUAUCAAUAUACUAAAAAAAUCAAUGGAACAAAACCAGAUACAUUGUGCAUGGUAAGAGUGUAAUGGAAGCCGCUCAAAGACUUGGAGAAAUAUAAACUAUUUCUCUGUCGCCAUUGCAUGUAUCAUUUAAGAGAAUCCCCUUUCUAAUCAGAGGGAAAUUUUGUCUUUUUUUCUGGAGAAAAGUCUUAAUGCUGCAUGAAAAUGGCAGCCCUUGCCAAAGCAACAAAUCAAUUCCUAAACCGACAAUGCUUCUCCAUAUCUGUCUAACAGGGAUUCUGCUCCCAGACAUCGAAAAAUACAGCUCCGCCCCAUCUCUCUCAGAGAGCUUGAUAGCAUUUCAUCUUUAUUUAUUUAUCCGACAGAUGCUAUUCCGACCCAUCUCCUAAAUAACAAAAACAACAUCACUGCCAGACAAUUUUAAUGCAUACAUAAUAAGACAUUAUUGGAAUACUGUUUGUUGUCAAUUUUGAACCUCUGCCUAGAUUCUUAUUGAGGAUAUAUUGCUUUUUCAAGAUACAGUGUUUUUGUUACCUGCCCCUGAUUUAAAAAAGUUAGUGGAUUAGGAAGGAGAGAAGGUUUAUCUCCUUAAGCAUACUUUCCUUUCACACUUUUUAUUUUCACUUUUCUUUAAAUCCCUGCAGAAGGAAACACCUUAUGAGGGUGUCAGUGUGGAUGGGUGGGUAAAUUGAGCCAUGUAUGUGCGCUAGUGGAAGUGAAUCAUUGUGGAUUUCUAAACAUUCUAAAAAUACUCAUAAAAACUGAAUAUGAAAUGUGUGACAUACUUUUCGUUUUUGAAGAAGACACAGAGUGUGUACAGAUUUGAAAAAUAUGUCUCUCUGUACUUUACUGUAUGUGUGUAAUGGAUGCAAAUGUAAUUGUUAAACAUGAUGCAUUCACCCCA